UUUGACCUUGUGACUGGAGAGACUCAGAGUGUGUUACUGCUAGAUCAAACCAUUUCUAGCACCAUGAACAGAGGCAGCUACUUUGCGCAAAGGGCCAGGGAAGAUGCCCAGAAAUCGGAGAAGAAAUCCAAGGCUUUCAAUGAUAUUUCCAAAUACUUCUCUAAGGAAGAAUGGGCAAAGCUGGGAUACUCAGAAAAAAUCACCUAUGUGUAUAUGAAGAGAAACUAUGACACCAUGACUGGUCUAGGUCUCAAGGCCACCCCACCAACCUUCAUGUGUCCUAGGAAACAAACCAUAGAAUCCAGUGGGCAUGAUUCUGAAGAUCAGGAUGAACCUCCUAAGGAGGCUUCCAACUUAAGAGGGAGAAAAUACCUGGAGGUGAUGCCCAAGACGCCCGAAAAGGAAAAAAAUCUUUUGGAGUUAGGACCAACAACAUCUGGCUCAGAGAAGGCUCCGAGCGAGCCAUGCCUCCUGGGAAAAGCGAGUGCCUCUGCUCAGCAGAGUAAGGAAACAUCAGGAUCCGGGAGAAGCAAGAUUAAUGUCUGGACCCACAGACUGCGGGAAAGAAAGUACCCAGUGAUCUAUGAAGAGAUCAGCGAUCCCGAGGAAGAUGACUAACUCUCCUCAGAGAUGUGACAAGUGCCCAUGAUAAGAAGCAGAACCUGGUGGCCUUUCAUGAACAUGGGCAUGGCUGUGAACUCCUGGCCAUCAGGUGUAUAGCGAGUGAAAGAAAGAGUUCACAACAGUGAAAAGUUAAACAUGAUUUGUUUUACUAUGCGCCAAAUGUGCUGUUAGAUUUUAGAGUUGUGUUAAUGAGCAAGAUAUAUGCCCAAGAUGUAUUUCUGUCUGUGUAUCCAUGCAUCUACCUUAAAAAACAAGUAUUGUCAGGUAUACCUUGCACAGAACGGCACUGAUCUCCCUCUCCAGAUGUGACUACCAAGGGCAGUUCUAGAUGUUUGAUCCCAAAUGUUUUUCUCUGCACUUACACACACACAAGAUAGCACUAUGAGCAUCUCUCACCUGCUUUUCCGGGACAAGCAGCAUGUCCUGGACAAGUCUCUCUCACCCUCUUUCCUCUUCAGCAGGUGCCCCAUGCUACAAAGCUCCAUUAUCAAUUUACCCUGCGUCAGAUACUGACAAUGA